AUGGAAUUCCACGCAUCAACUGACUUUGAGGAGUAUCCACUUCCUCCUAGAGUCUUUUUCACUCCACACCACGGUUCUGCAUCCGAUCCCCAACAGGUCCACAUAUCAAUUGGUGGGAUCGACCGCAUUAGAGUCACCUGGAUAACCGAUGACAAAACUGUCCCUUCCACCGUCGAAUAUGGCACCGAACCGGGAACUUACCUCUCCAAGGCCAGCGGGGACAACAACAGUUCGUACAAGUUCUUACCCUAUACCUCUGGUUCCAUCCACCAUGUGAGCACUGGACCCUUGGAACCCAACACCACUUACUACUACAGAUGCGGCGGCCACGGCCCUGAAUUCUCCUUCAAAACCCCUCCCUCAACUCUCCCUCUCGAAAUCGCCAUCGUCGGGGGAUUUGGGCAAAGCGACUGGACAAAGUCAACACUGCAAGGACUCGGAAGCAAGGACUACGACUUGCUGUUGCUCCCAGGGGAUUUGUCUUACGCCAACAACAGGCAGCCUCUGUGGGACUCAUUCGGCGGGCUGGUGGAGCCGGUGGCCAGCCGGCGUCCGUGGAUGGUGACUCAGGGAAACCACGACAUGGAGAGCUAUCUGGUCGACGAGGCAGAGUCCUUCAUGGCAUACAAUGCCAGGUGGCUAAUGCCAUAUAAGCAGAGCGGGUCCACCUCUAACCUCUACUACUCGUUCGACGUGGCUGGAGGAGUCCACAUCAUCAUGUUGGGUUCCUGUACCGAAUUCGAACUCGGGUCGGACCAGUACAAGUGGCUUGUGGCUGAUUUGGAUGCGAUUGAUCGGAAAGCGACCCCGUGGGUUAUCGUUUCGGUGCACAUGCCGUGGUACAAUACGAACUACGAGCAUCAAGGGGAUGGGGAAGGGAUGAGGCUAGCCAUGGAAGAGCUGCUUUAUAGGGCUAGAGUGGACGUUGUCUUUGCUGGCCAUGUUCAUGCCUACGAAAGAUUCACUAGGAUAUACGACAAUGAGGCUUAUCCAUCGGGUCCGAUCUACAUUACAAUUGGGACUGGCGGGUUCCAGGGAGGAAUUGAACUAUCGUUUAAGGAGCCGAAACCAGCAUUGUCGAUGCAUCGGGACGCGAGAUUUGGGCAUGGGCGGCUGAGGAUUUUGGAUGCGAAGCGAGCGCAUUGGUCGUGGCAUCCGAAUGACUCCGAUGUGGCUGAAGAUGAGGUGUGGUUGACCUGUUUAGCAGCAGCUCCUGAGGAUGAGUCGUGA